AUGAAAUUUACUACUAUUGCUGCUGCUGUUUUUGCCUUUGCUCAAUCCGUCGUUGCUUUAAGAUCAGUUAAAAUCAAAACUUUUGCUUAUCCACCACCACAAUAUCCAGAUGUUACUGGUAAGUUUGUUUCUGCAUGGCAUGAAGGUGCUGCUUUGAAUUAUUUAGUUGUUGUUCCAGAAGAAGGUGCUUUAACUUGGACUUAUGAUGAAGAUACUAAAUAUUUGUAUUAUGAGGUUGGUGCUGGUACUGAAAAUUGUUUCAGAUACUAUUUCACUAUUGGUGAAGGAGAACCAGGUAUUUUAUUGGCUACUCCUACUGAUAAUCCAGUUAAAGUUAAUGUUGACUACUUGGGAUUCAUUACUUUCGAUGGCUCUUAUGGUGUUAAAGGUGUCAAGAAUAUUAACGAUCCUUAUCAAUAUUCUAAGGAUAACUACAUCUUGGCUAAGUACGAUGGUGUUGCUCCAGAUGAUGCUGUUCCAAUCUUUUUCCAAGCUCUUGAUGCUUAA